GCGCGGUUGGUCGCCAGCGCAUAGUUCUUUCUCGCUCGAACGGUUCCCCUCCUCAUCGUCGUUCUCGUUCGACGAUUUCGCCCAAUUGAUUCUCUCUUCCUGCGGCUGGGUUCUCAGCGAUCGCGAGUUGCUCGUCGACGAUCGGCCAGGCAGCGUCCCAACGUCCCCUUGGUCGUCUACCUUGCACACGUGCGCCGCGACGGCGACGGGACGCGUUCCUAGGCAGCUUAGCGUGGUCUGGUUUCGCGAGGCAACGCUUUCGAUCGACGGUACACGAAAGACUGGGUCGCUUGAUGGCCUGCCGCGCAGUUCUCGCGUUCGUUUAAACGUCUCAGUCGAUCUUGGCUGCUGAACACCUGGAGACGUACUGAUCACGCGCGUUCAAAGUCCUCUGAGACGACACGAGACGUCCUUGGUCGGUGUAUCGGUGGUCCGAUACUCGAGGAAUGCCUCGUAGACGCGGGUGAACGAACAGAAGGAAGCGGAAAAAGGGGGACUUGGAUGAGAAGAUUCGACUCGAAACGUCGCGCGCGUACAGAGUCUUCGGACGUGGUCUAACGAUCCAGAAAGCUUCUGCAGCGCUAGGCUCCUCGAACAGGAGGACCCUCGAGAAGUGUACUAGCUGCCGACUCGAACCUUGCGUCCAAAGUUCUCCAGUGCAGUCUCCGCAGCCUCGAAAAGGAUAGGCUCCAGAAAAGUUCCAGCCAAUCGUAGACCGUGCCGAUAGCGAGAUCCAGGUCUAAUCCUCGGUCGGGAUCGGAUGUGGUGGACGUGUUCAGCUGGAAGUACGACAGCGGUUGCACCGACGGCGGAGGUAGCUGCGUGUUCGAACGACCUGGCACGCGGCAGGGCGCAUUGGAUGAACAGGGGAGAUUGUCGGUGAUGGACAAUGAGCAGCCGCAUCAGGAACUGGUCAAGUGCGUGGUCGUGGGCGACACAGCAGUCGGAAAGACCAGACUGAUUUGCGCAAGGGCUUGCAACAAACACGUAUCGCUCUCGCAACUUCUCACCACCCACGUGCCCACGGUCUGGGCCAUCGACCAGUACAGGAUCUACAAAGACGUUCUAGAGCGAUCUUGGGAGGUAGUGGACAACGUGAACGUUUCCCUGCGUCUCUGGGACACGUUUGGCGACCACGAGAAGGACCGUCGUUUCGCCUACGGCAGGUCGGACGUGGUGCUGCUAUGUUUCUCGAUAACCAAUCCCGUCUCGUUGCGGAACUGCAAGGCGAUGUGGUACCCGGAGAUACGAAGAUUCUGUCCUCAAACUCCGGUCCUGUUGGUGGGAUGUAAAAACGACUUGCGCUACAUGUAUCGGGAUGAGACCUAUCUCAGCUACUUCCGCGACCGUAGUCCCUUUGUAAGGGCGACAAGGAAGAGCGACCUGGUGAUGCCCGAUCAGGCACGGGCCGUUGCGAGGGAGCUCGGUGUAUGCUACUACGAGACCAGCGUCUUCACCUAUUACGGCGUGAACGAGGUCUUCGAGAACUCGAUACGCGCCGCCCUCAUUGCACGGAGGCAGCAAAGAUUCUGGAUGACGAACCUCAAGAGAGUGCAGAGGCCUCUGCUGCAGGCACCUUUCUGUCCACCGAAGCCAGUCCCGCCAGAGGUAUGUCUCGCGACGAGCACUUACGAAGAGAACAUGAAGACGUUGUGGAUGAAGCCCGUUCACACCGACGUGACUCUGAUAGCUGGGAACUGUACGUUCUCGACUCAUCGGUGUCUGUUGGCUGCCGCAUCGCCGGCGUUCCAUCGACUCUUCACGAUGGAACUCAUUCAGGAACAGACGCCCAGAAGUUCCAGCGAGUCUAGCAUGGUGAGCACGUUUGGAGAAGCGACGGUGGGCGACUUCAACGACGACACCGAGUGCCUGAUUCGUAUCGAUCAAUCAAAACCCGCAAAAGUUUGGGAACAACUUAAGCGGCGUUCGAGCUUCCAAGUCCUCCCCACGAUGGAUAAUCAAAGAAAAUCAGCCGGUGCGACGAGGGAGCUCAAUCAUCCUGCCUUCCAGAACAUUCGCGUAUGUCUGACUGAGAGCACAAACGGUGUCCAGCAGCCAACGACGGUGGUGACGUUGUCGAAGCUGAUCACACCGCAGGCGAUGCAGCAGUGCUUACAAUUCAUUUACACGGGCAGCUUGGAUAAACGGUACCACGAUCUGCAAACAGCUCCUAUUGGGCUUCUACUGGAGAUCAGGCAAGCAGCCGAGUUCUUGGAGCUCUUGCAGCUGCUGAUGGUGCUUGGCAGUCUACAGACGAGAGACCAGUUCAGCAACGAUCUCAACAAUCGUUACAAGCAAGUGGUGAGGCAACGACUGGAAGACAUUUGCCUGGAGCAAGGUCUGUUUGCCGACGUGGUGUUCGAUCUGGACGAUGGAAGCGUUCCAGCCCACAAAGCGAUUCUCACUGCCCGAUGUGACGUGAUGAAAGCCAUGUUCUCUGGCGAUUUCCGUGAAAGUAGCGCUAAAGUGAUAGUGUUUCCUGGUGUACGCGAGUACACGUUCCACAAAUUGCUCUGCUACCUCUACACCGACGAGGUCCCAGCAAUCUCCUCUGCCAGGUGCUUGAACCUCUUGGAACUGGCGAACCGUCUCUGUCUGCAGCGACUGGUGAACCUGGUAGAGAGCAGGGUGAUCGAGGACCUCGAGAGACUGUCCCAAAACGAGGGAAACGAGGCUGUAGAGAACUGCCUGAGGCUGCUGGAACCGUGCAAGUUGCACAAUGCCGACCAACUCGCAGACUGGUGCAUGAACCACUUGUGCGUCAACUACAACAAGCUGUGCAAGAUGUCUCCUCGAAGUGUACGACUCCUUCAUCCAGAGAACCAGGAGUACUUGAACGAGCAUCGGUGGCCUCCAGUGUGGUACCUAAAGGACUACGAUUACUACCAGAAGUGUCUCGCGGAACGUGACCGCGAGAACAAGCCCACACUGAAGAGGAAUCGCAAUCAGUCCGGAUGUUUGUGCUUCUCCAGCUCCAGCAAAACGAGAAGGGAGAGUUCAGCCAAUGGCGGUACAGCGUCAUCGGCGUCAAACGACGCACAAGUCGAACGACCCCUGUUCGACGCGUCGAUAGAAUCGGGUGAACAGGUCGUAUGACAAGAGCCAAGCGGCUUAAGCCGCUCCGUCAGAUUCAUUCUGAUCCUCCCCGUGCUCAUGGUCUUCAUAUGCACCAUUUUUACUAUUUUGAUACUGCUACAGAUUUAUACUUAAGGAACGUUAAACGCCGACAAGAUGAUCCAUGCACACGAAUAACCGAUAAGUGUACGAGAACUCCUGUACAGGCCGCGUGUUCUUCACGAAUUCUUCUCGCAAGCGACGAGACGUAUCUCUAUCCAGCGUACGCGUUUCCUUUCUUCUCGGAAGAAGUCCAAUCAUUUCAGGUGUAGGUUUUCUAAGAGCAAGCGACACGAACUGUUCCGUGAAAUUGGUAUAUUUUUUCUACGUGAAAAUCUUCGCCAGGAAUACGCGUCGAUCCGACUUUGCGCCGUCGUCAGACGAUCCGGUUAGAAAAACGCUCGCUGUAUCUUUUUGAAGGGACUUCUCGCAGACGUCCAUCGUUUCUAACCAAAACAAGUUGGUGCCUUUUGUUGACGAUACGUCUUUACCAUUAAAGCGACCUCGAGCUGCAACGCUGGUCAGCUGAAAAAAAAAUUUUUGUCUUUGUGGUCACGCGCGAUGCAAAUUGAAUUUUAAUGAAAAAAAAACGAGCUACGAUGCAAAUGGACGAACAUCUUGCAUACAACUGUCCGUCAACGAGCACGGCACGUUCCUCGAUAAAGGGCGUGAGCUACUACGAUCACGCGAGCAGUGAUUUUUAUAUGUUACUUGGAGAGAUCGAGAGAUCCUUCGGGCAUCCCCCACGCUUUGGUACCUAUCGUUACUAUCACUUCCCCCUGGCCAGGUGAAAAUUGGUUUACCCGAAAAGCUUGUUUGUACGAUCAUUUAAAUAGAAACGAGGAAAGGGGGAACGAUGAAAGCGAAAUUGGAUUCGGGACGUGUCACUGAAACAAAAAGAAUUCCCAUCGGACUAUAAAAAUCGUACUUUUAUCGAUGCGUGUUAGACUGAAGAAAACGAGCAAUAGCCAUAGCCCACGGUAGUGCAUAAAGAAUACUAUAAAUAAACGGUUCAUGUAGUCGUGUAAGGAAUAAAUAUACGUCGUACGUGUAAAUACUACGCGAGCCGUACUAUUACGAUAAAAACUCGACGCGGAUUUUUACAUCGUUUGCACAGCAUCCGACGACGGGCCCUGCUUUAUCUACUGAGUUUUCUCUUCCACGAGCGAGGUUACAGUUCCUUCGAAGUUGCAACGAGACUUUCUCGUAUUUCUACAAUUUUGUAACGAUCUACGCGUUAUUACUAUCGUCAAUCGUCGAUUACUUUUAAGCGGAGAGGGGACACGUGCAGUUCACACCGAUCCACGGGGCUGGUGGAUUGUCCAAAGAACAACUGCAACAUAUCGAUCACGGUAAUGGGUUACUGCUAGAAUUACUAAUCACAACUGCGUCGUAAGAAUAAUUAUUAUCUAGUUUAACGAAAGCGAGGAAGAGCGUGAGCGAGCGUGAGCGAAUCGAUUAUGUUUGUAACGAGUAUUAUCACGUGUAUCUAACGUUCGUAGGGUAUAGAGCGACGCUUUAUAUCAAAGUGAAUUCUCGCGUACCUUGUUACACAUUUUUCUGGCGACUUGUACUUUGUAAGUGCACAAGUUGAUUCUCGUGUGCGUUCGAAGAAGCGUAACCUCGCUUCGUGAUCGCAUUUACGAAGUCUUCGGGCGAAAAUGAAACGACUCGUAACUCGUAACGUGUCGGUAUUAAAGGUGUUUAAUAAUUUCAUACUCGUUAGUUCAUCCCAUCGCCGCAUCGAUCGGUCGGUACAUUCAUUUAUGCGAAGUGUGCCUGAGAAAAGAAAAAAAAAAUGGAUAUAAACACGCGGAGAACAACACGUAAAAUAACACACGCACGAGUGUGCUAGCAUACAUACGUAAUUUUAACCUUAUAUUCUCGUAUACGACACAUCACGUUCGCGCGUGUAGCGAUGGAAUUUUCUCAUUACGAAAAUUCGAUUUAUUCCAAGAGUAAGACAGACUUACAAAAGUAAUACUAUACAGGGUGAAAUGAUCGUACGUAGAGCACACAAUCGGAUCGAGUAUCUUAAAAUGACUUGAAACAUUGGAAUCUCUCUUCGAAAUUCUUUCAUUGCACGUACACGUUCGAAACGAUUCGAAUCGUUUCGAGGCCAUCGCUACAUUCGAGCGUCGGACAAGCCGAAUAUCGAAAGAAAUAUAAACAUAUAUUAAGAUACGCUACUGCCCGAUGAUCUGUAGUAAAUUUUGUAACGGAAACGACGUACGCAGAAUGUCUGUUCCGGCGUGUGAACCUGAGAACAUAGAGUACUCUUAGAGGCGAAACUUCAACGUUCCUGGUAAAAAUUGUUUUUAAACACUCUUUGAUUGUUAAGAAUACCACUGCGAAGGACUGAACAAUUGCUAAUUUUUGUGUAAUUUUUUUCUUUUAAUUAAUUAUCUUUUGAUUAAUUUUUUUUUUUUUUAAUUAGGAAUUAAAUUCAACGCAUUUCGUGUCCCAAUGAAAGGUUCGCCUCUGUAAAAUUACUCUGUGGUGAGAAUAACGUCCCACUUGUACGCUACGUCAAUUUCGAUGUCAAUGUUUCCUUCAUCGCUCGUAAAUGUAUAUUUUGUACUGACAUUGGUAAUCGUAGGAUUUAAGGGUACACAGCCGCAUGCACGAAGGCAUAUAUGUACAUAUAAAGAGAGGGAGAGCGAUAAGGAAUCAAAAAUAUUUACCUUUCCGCGAUAUUUUAAUCGCCAGUUGCCAUUGUAAAAGAGGUUAAGUUGAAUACUUGUCCACUAGGAUGUGUCAUUUUAGGGAAACAUACUUUUUCUUUUCAAAUGCAGAUUGAAAAACUGAUAGGAGAAGAUAAAAGAAAAAUUUUAAAGGAAAAACAAAAAUGAGAUUAAAAUUGUUUUUCUGCGCGAAAAUUGUUGGUCUAUCAUUUACUAUCAGUUUUUCAGCACUUGAAAAGAAAAUAUUGCUCUAAAAUGAGACAUGCUAUUGUCCACGCAUAAGAGGCAUUUGCGGGCGACAGAGUUUCCUUCUUCGCGAUGUUUCCAUGCGGAAUUAUAUGUGUAAAAUACGUCGUACGUCGAAGAAUAGUGGUGUCUCGUGCCAUCUUAUUAUUUUAAAGAAAAAUCUCUUCUACAAGUACUUAGGGUGCCAUCUUGUGUUUUCGUGUUUUGAAUUCGACACAUUAGCACUCCCACGCUCGCAAAGCCUCUAAUCCUAAACCGCGAACGCUUGCGAUUGCGACCUCUGUAUCGAAUCGUACAAACUGACCGAUUUGUAGAAAGUAUUUACCAUGUGCUACCGUCACGAUCGAUAAUAUGUAAGUAAUAUUGAUCGUAUUAAAGAUUUAAACAUAGACAGCGGUUAAGAAAUUGUUGGAGUAUUUCAUAUUACGAUGUUCUAUGUCGGUAACGAAAUUUCGAAUUUGUAUACGACCAGAAUUAUGAAAAAAGAAAAGAAAUAUUCGUCGUGAGGGUAAAAUUUGAUUAGCUUCUCCAGGGGUCAGGUCAAUCGAUCAAAAAUCAUCGUGAAAGCCUCGAAUAUUCUGAUUUGAAUUAAUAAUAAAUUGUUUUCAUUCUCUGUGUCUGUGAACACACCUUCGAAUUUGAACACUUAAACGCUGAUUGCUAAGCACGACAAACGAUUAUUACUAUCAGAUUUUAAUAACGCGAAGUUUUAUAAUUACCCUUUGAAGAUUCAAAGAUAUUCUGAGAAAUACACGGAAUGAAAUUGAAAACCAAAUCAAAGUGAUCAUUCGGAAGUCUCGACUGACGAUUCAAACUGAUUUUCGGAUAUCUUCGUGAACGUUAAUCGAAAUUAUGGCGACAUCUAUGUCAAAUUUCAUUUUACCCGCCUAAUAUAAAAGCAAAGCUGUAUAUACGUAUGUAUGCAUGCCGCUUCGAGAAAUAUGAUUUUUAUCUUAAGCUACAUUUUAAUAUUCUAUUUUCAAAUGCACAGACGAUAAAUAAAAGUAAUUUUUAAUUAA